GAGCCGACGGAAAUAAACUUUUACACUUGGCUCUCUCAAGAAAACACAAAAACAAAUCCGAGUUUUAGGGUUUCUUUUCCUCAAAAAUUUGAUUUCUUCGUUACUUCUCUGUCGAUUCGUUUCUCUCCCAUUCUUUGAUUUCGAAUCCGAAAAACUAGGGUUUAAGCAAUGGCGACAGCUACAAGUCAGGGUCGUGAUCCGCUGUUCGUGUCUUCUUCCUCCUCCUCAUCAAAAUCUGUUCGCGCGGCAGCGAUAAGGAUUAGGUUUGCGGAUAUCAUUGUUAAGUCGAGUAGUAACAAGUCUGAGGCAAUGCUGAAGAUCAGAAGAGAGAAGCAGCUUCAAGAAGAAAAAGCAAGAAUGAAAAUCAGACAAGAGGCAAGGCUUGCGGUGCUGAAGGUUGAAGAAGAAGAAGCAAGAUCCGAUUGUAGAUCUUAGGAAUGACAAACUGUUCUUGAUUGACCACCAUGUUACAAGUGCUCAGAUAUUCAAAGGAAUCAGAGGAAAUCAUUCUUGCAUAGCAGACAUGAAUAUCGUAAACAAGACUUUAGGUUGUGUAUCGGUUUAUAAAUGCGAGAGUUCCGGCUACGGAACCAAUGAUCAUACAGAUGUAUAAAGAAGAGUUUGGUGAUGCAUCAGAGCUUACACAAGCACCAGCUGUCGGAUAGCAACUAAUUAAGAUGAGUUGGUCGCGAUUCGAGUGUUGUGGUGGUAGGACUAAAGUUCGGGUAGUUCCAUGCAAGUCUGGAACAGAGUUCUUUUGGUGGAGCGUACGUUUUGUAUAGAGAAAGUUUGUGAAAGCGCCAAUGAUAUAAGAGAGACGAAGCAAGCAACAUCUAAGAUGAGAAGGAGAUAAGAGUGUGAACCAUUGCUGAUGAGUUCUGAUCUGGUGUUUAAUAAGACACUGGACCUGUAACGUUUGUUUAUAUAGACGGUAGGAGUGAAGACCUUAUAAGCUAUGGAGUUGGAUACAGUGCAACAAUGAAGGAAAUAAGGAAAACAGCUGUAACGAUGACGCCAUAUGAUGAGUUGACUGCUUAGAUAAAAAAAGUCACACUGACGAUGUGAAGUAGUGUUUUACUGUGAAACAGUGUCUGUGGGUAGAGCAUGUGGACAGUGCAAUCUUUCGUCGGUUGACUGACUGGAAGUGGCGUCUCUGAUAUUAGUAUGCAUCCUUCCAAUUAAAUUCCUUUUGAUAUAAUAGAAGAGCAGUUGUAAUCAUGAGCUGUUUCGGUUGGUGUGGGUAUGGUGAUGGUUUCCGUAAUGCUGAUGAUACUAGACCAAUGCCAACUCACGUCCCUGCUGGUAUCUCUCCACUUCCUAAUAUCAUUACUCCCCACUCCUUUUUGGCUUCAUGUGUGUAUUAUUUUUGAUUUUCCUAAAGGUGACAGUGGAAGCCACUAUCUAAGAUCUGAUCCACCCAUGAAUCAGCCUGUUGUUCAUAUGGAGCCUAUUUCUGUACCAGCCAUUCCUGCUGAUGAGCUGAGUGAUGUAACCGAUAACUACGGUUCCAAGGCCUUGAUCGGUGAGGGCUCUUAUGGAAGGGUGUUUCACGGUGUAACAUCUGCUAUCAAUAAACUUGAUUCUAGCAAGCAGCCUGACCAAGAAUUUCUUUCCCAGAUAUCAAUGGUUUCGAGAUUGCGACACGAGAAUGGUAUUGCACUUGUGGGUUAUAUUGUUGAUGGCCCUUUUCGUGUUCUUGCUUAUGAGUAUGCUCCUAACGGAUCUCUUCAUGAUGUCCUUCAUGGCCGAAAAGGUGUGAAAGGAGCGCUGCGAGGUCCUGUUAUGACGUGGCAACAGAGAGUCAAAAUCGCUGUUGGUGCAGCCAGAGGACUCAAGUACUUGCACGAGAAGGUCAACCCUCAGGUUAACCACCGAGACAUCAAAUCCAGCAACGUGCUUCUCUUUGAUGAUGAUGUUGCCAAGAUUGGUGAUUUCGAUCUCUCUAAUCAAGCGCCUGACAUGGCUAAUCUAACUAAUACUAUCCAGACCAGACGACAUGUCUGGCUCGUCAAUCAGUCCAACAACACUCGUUCUUUGACUAACUCAACUCAGACGGUAGGACAUGAUGGUAUACUAGAUCCUUGUAACUAAAGCCACAUAGGGUUUUAAACUUUUAGUUUUUCUUCUUUUUAAUGUGCAAUUCUCCUAAAUACUGUAUAUUAUUUUCAAGUUUUUGUCACAAAAAAAAUCCUAAAAAAGAAUGGUUAAAAAAAAAAUCCUAAGGAAGAAAAUGACUAAAAUUAGGGGUGGACAUUUCGGUUUAGUUUCGGGUUCGGUUUGGUUUGGAUAAUUUGGGUUUUAUAAAACUCAAACCAAUUAAAACCAAAGUAGCUUUGGUUUGGGUUCGGUUUGGGUUUAAUUCGGUUCGGUUCAGUUCGGUUUGGUUAGAUUUAGUUCGGUUUACAUUAUUAUGGUCUAGUUUGGUUUGAUGUAGUUCGGGUUGGUUAUAAAACAUGAAGGCAUUAGUUUUAUACUUUUAUUAAAAAAAUAAUCA